UCAAUUUCCUGUUUUCUUUUCGAUAGAUGAUUGUUGAUAUUUUUUCUUCUCUAUUUAUUAUUUAAAUUAAAAUCUUUCUUGAUGAAUUAACAAACAAAAAUGGCCACAACAACAAACGAUCUUUUGACCAAAAACAACAUGGUUGUUGAUCUUUUGAAUGAAGCGAUUUUAGCUUCAACUGAUAAAGAGAAAGUGGUCAAUUUAUGUAAAGUUCAAGAGUAUGUUAUUCAUAAUGAUUUGGUGGAUAAUUUUUUAGAUGAGAUUCUUGGUUUUCAAAAUGAUCCAAUGGUUGAGGUUAGAAAAUUUAUGGUAAAUUUCAUUGAAGCUGCAUGUAGCAAGGAUGCCGAGUUUUUCCCCAAAUUAAUUGUUAAUCUUCAUUAUGCUCUUAAUGAUUCAAGUCCCCAUGUAGUUAAAAAAGGUAUACAGGUUUCGACUCUUUUGUAUCCCAAAUUUCUUAAAUGGGCCUCAAAGGCUAAUGUUAAUGAGAUUCUUGAGCAAACCAAUGAAGUUUGGGGGAAUAUUAAAAGGUACAUUUUUAGCCUGAUUGAUGCUUCGGAAAAUGAUGGUGUUAGAACCCAAUGUAUUAAAUUUAUGGAAAUGGUAGUUAUUUCACAAACCAAACGUGAUCAAUGGUCAGAGACAAAGGAAUUAAGCUUGGAUUCAAUAGAAAAUUGUAAAUUGGUUAAUCUGGAACAAUUGGAAGAAGAAGCUGAUUAUGUUUUUGAACAGUUGCUCAUUUUCCAUGGAACACCUCAUAUUUCGAGUGUAAAUCUGAUGACCACCAUGCAAACUCUUGUAAUAAUAGCUAGACAACGAUCUGAUCGUUUUCUAUCCAAAGUUAUACAAGCUCUUGAGUCUUUACAUGCUAAUUUACCUCCAACCUUGGCAAGUUCACAAGUAACUUCGGUACGGAAACAGUUAAAGGUACAAUUGACUCUGUUACUCAAACAUCCAGCAGCAGCAACUAAUACACAAUUUCAAUCACAAAUAAUUCAACUUUUAAAUGAUCUUGGAGCUGGUCAAUCAGAUGUAUACAAAUGUCUCCAAGAGGUUCGAAAAAGAGGAUUAAAGGUUGACCAAGUCAAUAUUGAACCUAAACCUAAAAAAAUUAAACUGGAACCGGAUGUUGAUAGUAAUAACAUCCCUAAAGAAAAGCUUGAACCCUCUACAAUCGUUGCCCCUUUACCUCCUCCCAAAGUUACUCGAAAUGAUGCUAAUACAGCCAUUGACAUUACCUCUGAAGACCUGAUCCCCUGUUUAAAUAAUAUCGCCAAUGUCUGUGAUCUUGUCCUAGUAUCUUUACUUUCCCUACCCGAUUCCAUGCCUGCCCAAUUUCAGGCCUCUUACACUCCAGUCGCCGCUGCCGGUACACCUUCACAGAUCAAACAUCUUGCCCGUUUACUGUCAACUCAAUUCACCUCAACUGGUAUAGGCAAAGGAGUUGAAGAGAUGGUCGAAAAAGCCGCUGCCGUGGCUAAAGCAAAGAAGACCCAAAAUUCAACUGAUCAACAGUAUCAGAAAAUAGCGACACUGGUAAGUCGUGGGAUUGCUCAGGAAGCAAAGAAACAAGAACAAGCACAACAUGUUAAUAAUCAGAAUAAGGUUAAGAAACUAAUGCCCACCGGUAAAACUUUGGGUGGAUCGGUUAAGGUGAAACAGUUGAAUUUUGAAGAGACAACAACCGAACUUUCAGAUGAUAUGAAAGUAAGAAUGAUUGCCGAUUCUGUGAGUCGAAUUAUUCAAGCUGAAGAACGGAAACAAAUCACAUGUCCAUCUCACCUUGAAAGUCGAAACAAAAUUUUAACUCUACUUUCAACCGAAUUUCAUGAUCAUUCUUUUAACGUGGCAACUUUGGUUCGUACGUAUGCAUUUGAAGAUAUUCGUAAUCGAGUUGAACUUCUUUUUAAUCUUGUCUACAAUGAGUAUGUUGUCGCUAAAAAGAAUGGUGGAAAUUUAUCUCAUUAUGAGAAAUGUUUAUCAUCCGUGAUGAAAGAGAUGAUCGGACGUGUUGAUGUUAGAGAUCGAGAUCACUUUUUACCGAGAUUUUUCUUUGAAGUUCCUCUUCUGACACCCGAAGUAAUCAAUCAAUUAGAGGAGAUGAUCACUCGAGAGACGAGUUACAAUGGAGUAACAUUAGGAUUUUCAAUUCUUCAAACACUAAUCGAGAAAAAGGUCAAACUACGACCUUUAACCUUAUCGGUUUUGCUUAAUCUUUCCAUUCUUGUCGAUAAACCUGAGGUUAGAUCACAAGCAGUCAAGGUGAUAAAAUAUCUCCACGAAACUUAUGGAACUGAUAUUAAAGAACCAAUCGAGAAAUUUUCUCUGGAAAAACUUAGAAGACUAUUAGACCCAUCGCCAGGAGAACCCGAGUCCACAUGGACGGAAGAUGUCAUCAAAAUAUUUCUACUUCCCUAUCUCUGUUUACUUCCCAAUAAUCAUAAAUUAAUGCACGACCUUGCACUAGUUUAUGUGUCCACAAUUCCGGACAUUAAACGAGUAAUACUUCGAGUUCUUGAUACACCCGUUAAAGGAAUGGGAAUGGACUCGCCGGAACUACUUCUUCUUGUCGAGACUUGUCCCAAAGGAGCGGAAACUCUUGUAACCCGAAUUAUUCACGUUUUAACAGACAAACAACCUCCAAGUGCUGAACUGGUCUCGCGUGUUCGUGAUCUUUACCAUAAACGAGUGCCUGAUGUUAGAUUUCUCAUUCCUGUUCUUAAUGGUCUAUCCAAGAGAGAAGUGAUCGCCGCACUGCCUAAACUAAUUAAACUCAAUCAACUAGUAGUCAAAGAAGUUUUCAAUAGGCUUUUAGGAACUCAGGUUGAAUCUGGACAAAACUACCAAAGUCCUUUAACUGCUGCUGAUCUUUUAGUCGCUUUACAUAAUAUUGACCCUUCAAAAUGUGAUAUGAAAACCGUGAUGAAAGCUAUUGGUUUAUGCUUUGCCGAGAAACAUAUUUACACUGCUGAAGUAUUAGCUGUUGUGAUGCAAUUACUAAUGGAGCAAAAUCCGCUCCCCACUCUCCUAAUGAGAACCGUGAUACAAUCUCUGUCCCUCCAUCCUCGUCUUUUAGGUUUUGUCAUGAAUAUAUUACAAAGACUUAUACUUAAGCAAGUUUGGAAUCAGAAAAAAGUUUGGGAAGGUUUUAUCAAAUGUUGUCAACGAACAAAACCUCAAAGUUUUCAAGUUCUAUUACAACUUCCAGCUCCUCAAUUAAGAACCGUUUUUCGAAAUGCUCCUGACUUUAAGCCCACUCUUCAGGAACAUGUUUCCUCCUUCACGGAUACCCAGAGAUCUCAUUUACCCCAAUCAAUUAUUGACGUUAUCUUCUCACCUGAUGAUGAGAUUAAAGAAGAUGGUCAACCCUCCCUAAUGAUGACCGAUCAAACUAUGAAUGAAUCAGAAGUUGAUAGUCACCUUGACAAUUUUCAACUAGUAAACCAAUCAACCAACAACUCAAUGAUUGUAAAUCAAUCAGUAAUUAACUCAACAACAAGUAGCAACAUUAACCUUACACAAGUGAUCACAACAGCUUCUAAUGAUGCUACAUCUUCAGGCAUGGAAACAUAACAGUAACAAUUAAUUAUUGUUCACCAAACCAAAUUAACCUCAUUUACGUUUAGUUUUCAUGUUUUUGAUAUUGAUUGUUUUUUUUUGUUCAACCAUUUCAUGAAAAUCUAAAA